GCCAUGUCUGCAAUUUUGCUCUUUGCUUUUUAAGUUGUUCGAUCCUGCUUCCUCGAUCUGUCGCUGCCCUUACGGGAACCACUCAGCCCGAUCCCUCGUCCUGCCAGGCACACCUCAGACCCCUGCGUGACCGCCAACUGCGGCCGCCCCCCAGCACAAAAAGAAGCCCGCCAGCACCUCAGCGCCCCUGCCGCCAUCACCCCAAGCAUACCGCCAUUGUCUGUCAUUUGUUGCAUCGCACCGUCUCUUGGCCGGCAUACUCUCUCUCCGUCUCUGCAGCGUUUUGUUUCCUCCCGGGUCGUUGACGCUUGCUCCCUCGAGUUGCUCAAGUACCGCCUAUCUCGACACAGCACACGGCAAGCGACAUCCCUGGACUGCCUCUCGAUUUAUUCGCCACACACCCCGCUACACACAGCCAAAGCGAGACGCCCUCCUCACCCCAUGACGUCCACGACAACAACCCACGACGUGCGCGCCCAGCAGCGCCUGGAGGACCACGAGGCCGAUGUCGUCGUCGUAGGCGCCGGCGUGUUUGGGUGUGCCGUCGCCCACACCCUCGCCAACCAGGGCCGCAGCGUCAUCCUCCUCGAGCGCUGGAUGCGCCAGCCAAACCGCAUCGUCGGUGAGCUCAUGCAGCCCGGCGGCCUGCGCUCUCUCCACAAGCUCGGGCUCGAGGGCUGCGUCGAGGGCAUCGACGCCAUCCCUACGACUGGCUACGACGUCAUCUACUACGGCCGCGACGUCUCCAUCCCUUACCCCUAUCUCGACGAAUCCGGCAACGUGAUACCAGAGAAGGAUGCCCAGGCCAUGCUUGCGAGCGGCAAGAACGGCCACGCAAAUGGGCAUGCAAAUGGUCACGCCAAUGGGCAUCCGAACGGGUCGGCCCACCCCAAGAAGAGCGACAUGAAACGACCAGAAGGUGUUGCCUUUCACCACGGCCGUUUCAUCAACGAGCUUCGCAAGGCUUGCCUUAAGCACCCUAAUAUCUCCGUUUUCGAGACCGAAGUCGUCAGCACCAUCACGGGAGACCACAGCCCACAAGUCCUCGGAGUUGAGACACGGACGACCGAUCCCGAAACUGGAAAGAAGAACCCCGACACCUUCUUUGCCCAGCUCACCAUCAUCGCCGAUGGGUAUGCGUCCAAGUUCCGCAAGCAAUAUGUAACGGAGAGUCCAAUCGUUCGCAGCAAGUUCUACGCCCUGGAGUUGAUAGACUGCAAGCUUCCACACCAGGGUCACGGCCACGUCGUCAUUGGUGCUCCAUCACCAGUCCUCCUCUAUCAGAUCGGCACACACGAGACCCGUGUUUUGGUGGACGUCCCCGAGAAGCUUCCAGAGGCUUCUCCAGCCGCAGGUGGUGUGCGAGGCUACAUGAGAAACACAGUCCUGCCAAUCCUGCCACCAUCCGUCCAGCCCUCAUUCCUAGCUGCACUCGACAAAGAAGACCGCAUUCCAUCGAGCAUGCCGAACAGCUGGCUUCCGCCGUCAAAGCAAACACAGAACCCUGGUGUCGUUGUGCUCGGUGAUGCCAUGAACAUGAGACACCCUCUGACCGGCGGCGGCAUGACGGUCGCGCUGAACGACGUUGUCAUUCUAAACGAAGUCCUCUCUUUAGAGAAGGUGCCCGACCUUGGCGACACGGCGGCGGUAGCCCGUGCAAUGAAUGAGUUGCACAAACGACGGAAGAGCCUUACAGGCAUCAUCAACGUCCUGGCUCAGGCUUUAUACAGCUUGUUCUCUGCACAGGACCCGAACCUCGCCAAGCUGCGCCGUGGCUGCUUCGAGUACUUUGUGCGCGGCAACAGCGACGAGCCCGUCAGCAUGUUGGGCGGCGUGCUACAGAACCCGGCGACCCUGACGCGGCACUUCUUCACUGUCGCUUUCCUCGCGAUAUGGCUCGACUGGAAGGACAACGGCCUCUGGAACUUGCCCCUCAAUAUCUACAGCGCCAUUGCGGUGCUGUGGACAGCCUCCGUCGUGUUCUUGCCUGUUCUGUGGCGAGAGCUGGCAAAAUAACGGAGUAGAUCAUUCAACGGUGGUAAGAUACAGAUUACAGCAGCAGCAGCGAGCAUUUCUUCUCAGCGUCCUUUGCGGCGAAGCGGGUGGCACAAAAAAAGCCAUCGUAUAUACUGCUGUGGAAAGUUUUGUUUCAGGGUUCUGCUCCUUUUCACGAUGGAGACAAGGAAGAGCUGGAUAUGUGACUCGAGGAAGUGCGGUUCACAAGGCUGGGGAAAGUACAGAUAUAUAACGCGGUGCUCUCUGACAUGUGCCAUUGGGCAAAGUCUGCGCCACAAACUCAUCAUACAACAUGCAUAGAGACGAAAGAGACACACACGCACUUGCGCCUCGCCUCCUGUCUCGCCAGGGUUUCUCGUCAUGGUCUCGAUGGAUCAAAAUGAGGACCGGUGGCAGGCGGUGAGGCCACUGAGGCGAGAUAUAGACAUUUAAUGGUAAUGACUUGAACAACACUGACCCAA